AUGCUCGGAUUUCUUGUUUGCCUCGAAACGGAGCGAUCAGCCUUUGGAGUCGCCACCUGGAACCCUUUCCCACGGUUUUCGGCCCACCUCUUCGCUUAUUCGGCUUACCUGCCGAGUUGGUCGUUUUUGUCGAGCUUCUCAGUUUCGCAGAGGGGUUACUUUCAGUUAGUUUUACCUUUGAAACUACUCUCAAAAAUUUUUUUCAAAUUCUCAUAAAAGACUCGUUGAGUAGUGAAUCUAGAAAGUGGAGAGUUUGUUUUUGAGUUCUCAGUACUUUUCUUCUUUCAUGCUUAAAUGUUCCAUCUUUACCUGGCUAAGAUAAGAGUCCAGAUAUCUUUCAAAAGCUUGCCUUCUGAGAAAGUUUUGAUAGGAAAAGUAGGAAAAAGUUUCAUUUUCACAUUUGAAGUUACUUUCAUAGUCUGUGUGCCAAGACUUGAAAUUUCACGUAACGACAUUCCGUUGUUCCGCUGCGUGCGUUCGCGAAGCGUCUUUCGAAUUUAAGUCACCAUUUCAAUUGAUAGUUAUUGCUGUGGGAGCAUGAAAGUAGAGUACCUUAAUGAGAGAAAAAAAUAAAAAUAAAAAGCCCGACCAAGGUUCGCAAAGGCGCGAAGCGGCACAGCGGAAUGUCGUUCCGUGAAAUUCCAAGUCAUGGUACACAGGCUAUAGCUUGAAUCUCCCUUGCUUUUCAAAAAAAAAGAUAUCACUGUAAAAACUUUCUCCAGCAAAAAUGGCCUUCAACAUUGAUUCUUUACUAACCGAUGGAAGCGGCGUCGAGAAGAUGCCGAAGCUACAGAAGGACGACGACGACGUGCAGCCUUCAGAAGACGAACUUUCCGAAGAAUGUCAGUCGCCGGAGCCGCCGAUGACGUCAUGGGGCUCCCUGGCGACCAGCCAACUCGCCAUGUACGCCAUCGCCAACGAUAUCCGGAGUCCGACUCUUGUCGAGCUCCAGAUGCUACUUGGGGUCUCGGGUUGGAUUUAGAUCUAAUCUUUGAGAAAUAUCUCAGUAUUGGGAUAUAUCAGAUGAUUGAAUCGAUGUUUAAUCCAACAAGUUCAGCGAGGAAGCAUGACUACAAGAGAUCACGGAAAUCGGUGAGCGAAAGGAAACCUCGACAGGCCUAUUCCGCCAGGCAGUUGGACCGUUUGGAGUCCGAGUUUCAGGUAAAUACACCAAAAAGGACGGAAAAUGGUUCACAAACUCGGAAUCUCUCAAUCUUGAUCCUAAAUCGACCUGUUAGCAAAGUCCAGAAGGACCUAAAAAGAACCUUUGGAAAAAAAGCAGAUUCCGAGAAACUUUUGAUACCUUUUUAGGAACUUGAAAAAAGCGCUGCAGCCUCUUCUUUUUGAGGCUGUUUGGACUUUGCCCAUGUAUAUCAAUUAUAAGUUUCAGAGCGACAAGUACCUCAGCGUCAAUAAACGCGUUCAUCUCUCGAAGACCUUGGAUUUGACUGAAACUCAAAUUAAGACAUGGUUUCAGAAUCGAAGGUCGGUUCGAAAAAUAUUUGAAAACUUCAACGUCCAGUAAAAUUGAGCAUUUUUGUCUCAAUCAGUUGGAAUGUGAAAAGUUUUACUUGGAGUUUAAGAAAUUUCUGAAAUUUUGCUGAAACAUUCUCUGCAGGUCUAAAUAGAGAUUCUGACAGUCUCUACCUGUACGAACCUUUAUUUUUGGAGAUAUAACUUUUCAGAGCUGUAAAUUAUUUUUUCAGUUAUAGUUAGAAGGGACCUUUAAAAAUUCAUAUUUUAAUGAUCUCAGGACAAAGUGGAAAAAGCAGCUGACGACGUCGAUCCGACAACUCUGCCGCGACGUUCCGCCGCCGCUCCUGACGCCUCCGGCCAUUCCCGUGGUUCCCGCCUCAGUUCCGUCGUUUCCUAUCAGUCCAACAGUUAUCAUCCCUCCGACUUCUCUGCCCUUUCGGUUUCAAAUGAACGAGUGA